UCCUCGCAAGAUGGCCCGACGUGCUAGCCGAGGGCCCUCGCCGAGAGAGACCAGGCACGCGCCCGAGCGAUGCCAAGGCGUAGAGACGGCAGCGAGGCGCAGGGCCGUGCUCGAGACGGUCCAAUCGUCGGAGACCCGGCACGCGCGCCGCGCCGCGCCCUCCUUGGGGGGCGGCUCCGGGCCGCUCAAGAGGGCGGGCGCAAGUCAUGGCCAGUGCCGCGCCGCGCAGCCCAGGGGGGGGGGGCGGCGGGACGCAGUGGCCCAGGGCAGUAACCGACCCGAGGAAGGGGAGGAGGAGGACGAGGAGGAGGAGGAGGGGGCGCGCGCCGCGGC